GUUAUUGUAGACAUCAUAAUGAAAAAGUCGGUUUCAGAAUUUGUUUUUCUUUGAAAGAUAAUAAAGGAAAUACAGUGGCUAAAGGUAUAUCUCCUCCAAUUAUGAUCACGGACGAUCAUAAAAGCUCAAAAAAGUUACGAAAAGAAAAUAUAAUCUCUUUAAAUCAAUCUUGUAAUCGUAAACGUUCAAGGAAAGGUCAAUCAUUAGAUAACAGUCACUUUACACUCUCUCAUUCUCCUCUUACUCCUGUUUCGUCUCGUAGAAGUUCUAUAACAAAGGAGAAGAAUCCGAUAGUAGCACAGACUGGGUCCCUCAAUGUCCCUUUCAUGAAGGAACCUUUAUCCCAUGCUUCAGAAUUUAUCACUCUAAUAGAGGAUGAUACCACCACCACCACCACAACCUUAUCUGAUCAUGUAAAUACUAUACAAAAAGAGGUAAAUCAGAGUGAGGAUCAAUCACCCUUCAUGUUUAAUCUCUUUCAACAGUCACAUCCUACUACUACUACUAUCGACUACAAUCAUCAUACUAGUCAUAAUCCAACACCUCAGCAACAGGAAGAAAUACACGAAGAUUGGCCUUUCAAUCGUCGACGUAAAAUUUCUCACCAAGAAGAAGACUAUACGGAUUUAACACAUCAUAAUAAUAAUUUGAAUCAAAAUGAGCUUACUUCAUCCUUAUUACUUUUUGACAGUAUACCUCAAUUAGAAAGACUUGUACCUUCUCAGGGCCCUACUUACGGUGGUAUUGAAGUGACUUUAUUAGGUUCAGGUUUCUAUCAGGGAUUGACCUGUUUAUUUGGAGAUCAUGUGGCAACAACUACAUUUUGGAAUGAAAAUACUUUGGUCUGUAUUCUUCCUCCUGCAACUCAUACAGGUCCCGUUGUUGUCUCCUUUAAAGAACAUCCUUUACUCGUCUUGGGUGGUCAAGAUGUUGCUAUUUUUACUUAUUAUAAUGCAACAAAUCAGGCCCUUCUAGAACUUGCUCUUCAAGUGGUAGGCUUAAAGAUGUCAGGAACAUUACAAGAUGCAAAACAAGUUGCUAUGAAUAUUGUUCAGGGCGGUAAUCAUAAUACCAGAGAUCCAUAUUCCAAGUCGUCACCACAAGAAAUAGUAAUGAAUUUAUUAUUAUCAUCACACACAUCAUUUAAUUUAUUACAAACCAAUUCAAGUGGUCAAACUUUACUUCAUCUUGCCGUCUUGCUUGAAAAUAAGCCACUCGUUCAAAUCCUACUUGACUUGGUAAAAGAAGAAAGACACAAGCUAUUAAAUGCAAAAGAUAAAAAUCAAAUGACUGCUCUUCAUUUUGCUAAAUCAAAAGAAAUGAUUCAUCUAUUACUUAAAGCUGGUGGUGUUCAUCUUCCUACACUACAAGAAUCGAAAUGGGCUUUGCCUUCUUCUUUACCGAAUACCAAAGAAGAAGAAGUCUUGAAUUUGUUUUAUUAUUUAAAUAGAAGAGAAAUACCUAAAAAGAUGAAUACUCUCAAGCGAAUAUCUUUAUCUGGAAGAAAUACUAAAUUUUCUAUCCUUCCAACAAUAUAUGAACUUUUAAAAUUUCUUAACAUUUGUAUAUACUAUUAAUAUUAAAGAAUGGGCUUGAUUUAACUAUUGAAACAGCGCCUAUACGAUUCAAUGAUAAAUUUAUUAAAAAGUGGUCAUAAUGAGCACAAUAGUUUAAAUAACUACAUUGCCCGAAUCAGUUUGUAAAGUUAAGAAUAAUAAUAAAAAACCCCCACCUCCUGAGAGUCAAGAGGGAAAAUGAAAAA